AUGUCGUUGAUCCACAGUUGUGUGUCUGUGGUGUUGUGUGUCUGUGGUGUUGUGUGUCUGUGGUGUUGUGUGUCUGUGGAGUUGUGUGUCUGUGGUGUUGUGUGUCUGUGGUGUUGUGUGUCUGUGGUGUUGUGUGUCUGUGGGGUUGUGUGUCUGUGGUGUUGUGUGUCUGUGGUGUUGUGUGUCUGUGGGGUUGUGUGUCUGUGGUGUUGUGUCUCUGGCGUGUUGUGUGUCUGUGGUGUUGUGUGUCUGUGGUGUUGUGUGUCUGUGGAGUUGUGUGUCUGUGGAGUUGUGUGUCUGUGGAGUUGUGUGUCUGUGGUGUUGUGUGUCUGUGGUGUUGUGUGUCUGUGGGGUUGUGUGUCUGUGGAGUUGUGUCUCUGGCGUGUUGUGUGUCUGUGGUGUUGUGUGUCUGUGGUGUUGUGUGUCUGUGGUGUUGUGUGUCUGUGGGGUUGUGUGUCUGUGGUGUUGUGUGUCUGUGGUGUUGUGUGUCUGUGGGGUUGUGUGUCUGUGGUGUUGUGUCUCUGGCGUGUUGUGUGUCUGUGGUGUUGUGUGUCUGUGGUGUUGUGUGUCUGUGGAGUUGUGUGUCUGUGGAGUUGUGUGUCUGUGGUGUUGUGUGUCUGUGGUGUUGUGUGUCUGUGGGGUUGUGUGUCUGUGGAGUUGUGUCUCUGGCGUGUUGUGUGUCUGUGGUGUUGUGUGUCUGUGGGGUUGUGUGUCUGUGGAGUUGUGUGUCUGUGGAGUUGUGUGUCUGUGGUGUUGUGUGUCUGUGGUGUUGUGUGUCUGUGGGGUUGUGUGUCUGUGGAGUUGUGUCUCUGGCGUGUUGUGUGUCUGUGGUGUUGUGUGUCUGUGGGGUUGUGUGUCUGUGGGGUUGUGUGUCUGUGGUGUUGUGUGUCUGUGGGGUUGUGUGUCUGUGGGGUUGUGUGUCUGUGGAGUUGUGUGUCUGUGGUCCUCUCAGCACACCGCAGGGACAUCACCAGCUCCUGUUUCACCCACAGCCUCCUCCUCUCCGGUCCAUGA